GCGGAUUUUCGGUUUUGAUUCAAGGUUUUUACAAAAAAAUUCAUUAAUAGUAAAGGGAUUACAACUUUUUUAUACAACAAGUAAAUCACACAUAGAUGUUCACACUCGUCUGUGUGAAAAGAAAAUCACACAAUCAAAGAGCAGAAUCUGCUCUAACAGAUUGAUUUUGAAGGAUUACAGCUCUGCGUGUUCAACCGCUAAGUUAAUGGCAUCUGGUUAAGUAACGUGAAAGAAAUGAACCACAGAACUCUUGAUUGUUCAUUGUCUUAACUAAGAAAAUGGCAAUGAAUCAGUUAUUCAGGAAGUAAAUGCUUUUGUUUCAUAUUUCACUGACGUGUCAUAAGCUCAGAGGAACAUAUAUAAAACCUGAACAAAUUAGUGGCAUCACACAAGAACAGGGAGCAGUCACCUGAAGCAGCGCCUUACACAUUAGACCAUUGCUUGGGGUUCAAGAACCAGCCAUAAUGGGCCACAAACAAAUCUUUAAAGUUUUAUUGACAUUUAUAGUGGUAAUAAAGCUUUUGAGUACACCAGUUACUGCCACAACAACUGGAGUUUCAACAACAUUUGGAAGUUCGACUACUAUUGGGGUGUCAACCACGACUGGAGGUUCAACCAUAACUGGGGAAAUUACAAGUAGAGGAUCAGCGAUGACUGGGGUACCGACAACAACUGGUGGCGCAACAGCAACUGGAGUUUCAACAACACCUGGAAGUUCCACAACUCCUGGGUCAACUACAACUAAGGCAUCAACAACAACUGAAGGUUCAGCCAUAACUGGGGAAACUACAGUUGAAGGAUCAGCGAUGACUGAGGCAUCAACAACAACUGGUGGUGCAACAGAAAGUGAUGUAUCAACAACAAUUGGAGUUUCAACAACACCUGGAAGUUCCACUACUACUGGGACCUCAGCCACAAGUGAAGAUUCAACCACAACUCCUGGGUCAACUACAACUAAGGCAUCAACAACAACUGAAGGUUCAACCAUAACUGGGGAAACUACAAUUGAUGGAUCAGCGAUGACUGAGGUAUCAACAACAACUGGUGGUGCAACAGAAACUGGAGCAUCAACAACAACUGGAGUUUCAAUAACAACUGUUGGUUCAACAACUGUGAGCACUACAACAUCAAUGAUGACUGCACCUACAAAUACAACCUCAGUGACUCCUACAACCACCACACCUGUAAUCAUGGCUUCAAACACAACUGUGAGCACUACAACACCAAUGAUGACUACAGUUACAAAUGCAAUCACAGCAAAUGUUACAAACACCACACCUAUAACAAAUACAUCUAUGGUGCCUACAACAGCUUCAACUACACCUGUAAACACUACAACACCAAAGAUCACUGCAAAUACAAACACAACCACAACGACUCCUACAACCAACACACCUGUAACAACUACAACAGCUGAGCCAGUAACACGAGUAUUACUGACAUUCACCUCAGAUGAAACAUUCACACAAGACUUGGCUAAUUCUACAUCUACAGCAUUUAUAAAUCGAAGCAGGCUCAUAGAGACAACACUUACACCUUUUUACAGUGCAACAUUUGAUUCAUUCCAGUCAUUGAGAGUUGUUGCAUUCAGAAAUGGAUCCAUCAUCAGUGACAUUGAAAUACGGUUUGCAUCUACAUCAGUGCCUAAUGUAACUGAGAUUGCAAAUGUUUUGAUCAAUGCAGCCUCAAACAUAACAGCCUUCAACAUUACCACAACCUCUGUUGUUGUCCGUGAAAUAGUAGCUUCAACUACAACUGUGAGCACUACAACACCAAUGAUGACUACAGUUACAAACGCAAUCACAGCAAAUGUUACAAACACCACACCUAUAGCAAAUACAUCUAUGGUGCCUACAACAGCUUCAACUACACCUGUAAACACUACAACACCAAUGAUAACUACCCCUACAAACACAACCACGAUGACUCCUACAACCAGCACACCUGUAACAACUACAACACCUGAGCCAGUAACAGGACUAUUGCUGACAUUCACCUCAAAUGAAACAUUCACACAAGACUUGGAGAAUUCUACAUCUACAGCAUUUAUAAAUCGAAGCAGGCUCAUAGAGACAACACUUACACGUUUUUACAACACAGCAUUUAAAACGUUCCGGUCACUGAGAGUGAUUUCAUUCAGACGUGGAUCAAUUAUCAAUGACAUGAGUAUUGGGUUUGCAUCUUCAGCUGUGCCUAAUUUAACUGAGAUUGCAAAUGUUUUGAUCAAUACAGCCUCAAAUAUAACAGCCUUCAAUGUUACCACAGACUCUGUUGUUGUCUGUGAAAUAGUAGCUUCAACUACAACUGUGAGCACUACAACACCAAUGAUGACUACAGUUACAAACGCAACCACAGCAAAUGUUACAAACACCACACCUAUAGCAAAUACAUCUAUGGUGCCUACAACAGCUUCAACUACACCUGUAAACACUACAACACCAAUGAUAACUACCCCUACAAACACAACCACAAUGACUCCUACAACCAGCACACCUGUAACAACUACAACAGCUGAGCCAGUAACAGGAGUAUUGCUGACAUUCACCUCAAAUGAAACAUUCACACAAGACUUGGCUAAUUCUACAUCUACAGCAUUUAUAAAUCGAAGCAGGCUCAUAGACACAACACUUACACCAUUUUAUAGCAUGGCAUUUAAAUCAUUCCGCUCACUGAGAGUGAUUUCAUUCAGAAGUGGAUCAAUUAUCAAUGAAAUUAACAUUGGAUUUGCAUCUUCAGCAGUCCCUAACAUAACUGACAUUGGAAAUGUUUUGAUCAAUGCAGCCUCAAACAUAACAGUCUUCAACAUUGACACUGCCGGUGUUGUUGUCAAUGGCACAAUGGUGAAUAGUGGAGUGAUCCACAAGAGCAGUCUCCUCACUGCAUCCUGUAUGGUGCUGCUGUCAUGGCUCAUGUCAGGCCACCAAUAAGAUGUCCUGAUGCUCUUGUGGAAUUCCUUUUGGAAAUGUCUGCUGUGAUUGGCUAUGAAAAAAGGACGUUGUUCACACUGAAAAUCCAAGAGGACCUUCUGGUAAAGUGCAAAGAAUGGCUUCACAAGAAUUAGAUAUUAAAUUGGGUAAUACACACAACAAUAAUGAAGCAUAUUUGUAAAAGCGCAUCUACUUCAUCAUUGCAUAGUAAGUAGGAGCUGGAAUCCCAUCUAUGAUGGAAAUAACUGGAUCCACUGAAAGGUUAAUGAGUGUAAUGUGUGUCAUUAAUGAGUAAUACCAUAUGAAAUUGAGAUAAGAAUUUGUGAUCUGUAAUCUCUGCACUCCUUCUCACUGCACAGCUCCUCCAUCAAAUGGACAGUUUGACUGACUGUGGGAUAAACCUGAAACAUAAGCUAUGUGAAUAACGUCCUGUAUGAUUACCCAAUUAUGUUUCAUAUGUUUAAAUCUAUUUAUAGUGUGUGUGAAUUUGCAUUUAUUUUGUAUCAUUACAAUACAGCAUAGUAAUAAUAAAAAAAUACAAGUAGGUUACGCAAGUUAGGAAUA